AUGGAGCUGAAGAUCAGCAUACUGCUUCUGGCGCUACUACGCCUCGCCAGCACCAUCGAGAACACGAAGGAGGAGGAGGAAGCGGAUGACGAGGACGAGGAGAAUUAUCCCGUGGACGAUUACGACUACGGUGACUACGAGGCCGCGACCAUAACCAGCGAUACAGAUCUAAUCGCUGGUGGCUCGUUGCCGAUCUUCCUCGCGGAACCGGUGAACACGUUCGUCGUGAAGGGGAAGCCGGCGAUCCUUCAUUGCCGCGCCGCACAUGCUCUUCAGGUGUAUUUUCUGUGUAACGGUGACCGGAUUGAGCAACGGUCGCAGCAGCAGGAUUUUGUCGACCCUCGUACCGGAACGAGGGUCGUGGAGGUCGAGUUGAACGUGACGAGGAACGAGGUCGAGGAGUACUUCGGCAGGGAGAGGUUCAAGUGCGAGUGCGUGGCAUGGUCGGCACCAGGUCAGAUUCGAGGGCGUCCCGCCACGGUUGAGGUCGCCUACCUGAAGAAGCACUUCCUGUCGCCGCCAUACUCGCUGUCCGUGGAGGCCGGACGUAACGCUGAACUACGUUGCACACCGCCGUUAGGGGUACCGCAACCGAAGGUCUACUGGCUGAAGAAUGGUUCACCCCUCGAGACGAUCACCAGCUCAACGCCAGCAUCGUCAAUGGCGGACAGCAUCCCCAACGAGGUGUCGUCCAGCAACAGCUUCCUAAGGACCGGGGACGGACACCUGAUACUAGGGGAGGCUGAGCUAAGGCACCAGGGGAAUUACUCGUGCGUGGCUGAGAACAUCGCUGCCAGGCGGGUCAGUGAACCGGCUGUGCUGACGGUUUACGUGAACGGCGGGUGGUCUUCCUGGUCCGGAUGGUCGGACUGCAGCACCCGUUGCGGCCGAGGUGUACAAAAGAGGACGCGAACCUGCACGAACCCGGUACCCAUCAACGGAGGUCAAUCCUGUCCAGGUCCAGGAACGCAAAGGGUCGAGUGUAAUCCUCCCUGUCCCGCGGUCGACGGCAGAUGGUCAAGCUGGUCCUCGUGGUCUGCAUGCGGUCCCGAUUGUUCCAGAGCGAGGAGGAGAUCCUGCAACGACCCCCCGGCGAGCAAUGGUGGUCGUCCCUGUCAAGGCAAGGACGUCAUCGUCGAGUCUUGUUCCAUGGAUCGAUGUAAUGCUCUUGGACAGGACGGACCGCGAGUCUUCAAGGAAGCAACACAUGGGAUCGAUCACAGAAACAUACUUGCUCUGUGGAUCACGUUGAGCCUGGCGGCGAUCGUUCUAGCGUUGACCACCAUCUUCUUCGUCCGACUGAUGCGUCGGAAGGAAAGAAUGGAGGCUUUGUACGGUGUGGCCAGGUUGGAUUUCCGGCGUCCCGGCGAUUUGGCUAAAUCUGUGGUCUCGAAGAACGAUCGUUCGGUCCUCUCGGUGGACAGGCGGCUGGAACAAGUGAUAGACGAGUCGAACGCAGCCAGGAUGCCUAGAUCUUGCUCGGAGCACCACUACGACGUGCCACAGCUGUCGCUGCCUUCCACCACUAGGCCAUCGCCUAGUUCCUCCGUGGCUAGAUCCUCCUGCAGGAACUCUCAGCGAGGUAGAGGUCUGUCGGACAACGAGGAAAGCAGAUCGUCUCGUUCCACUUGUCAGGCGAACCAGGAGAGCACGAACGAAGAGGACGAUGAACACGACGAGGAUGAAAGACUCGGCGAAGACGACAGAAGCCACGAAGACUCUGGUGCUUUCAUCGUGAGAGCUGUAGUCGACGAACAAGGCGCUCUUCUUGUGGUUCCUGAGGUUGGAGUCUCGAUGUCCAUACCUGAAGGAGCCAUUCCUCGAGGAAGAAGGCACAGUUUGCACCUGGCUGUGCUUGGAGACGAUUCUCUGAGACCUGGAUUACCACCUGGUCUGACUCUACUGUCAGCAGUGGUGGCUUGUGGACCUAGUGGAAUCGACCUGGUGAAACCGGUGAUUCUUCAGUUCGAGCACUGUGCCGAAUUGAGGACUGGGAACUGGGAACUGAGUCUCUGGUCCACGGAUUUAGACCUGGAGACUCGAUCCAAUAACUCGACCAAUUCGUCGACUAGUUCUAACCUAACGGCCACGUCGAUCUGGAGGAAAGUUCUGACGCUGGGUGGAGAACCUAUCAAUCUUCCUGGGCAACCGUUCGCACAGUUGGAUCAUUCUGGGGUUUUCUUGGUCACUGAGACUCCUAGUGUUUACGCAGUCGCUGGGGAAAAUUCUGUGGUUGCGCCUGGGCUAGCUGUGAAGAGGAUCUGCGUGGCUGUGUUCUUAUCUCGCGAGAGGGAUCAUAUCAGGUGCCAUUUGAUGGACGACACUAAGGCAGCCUUCAAGCUUAUCGUCGAACAGGAACGUAGAUUAGGUGGAUCUCGUAUAGACUACGGAGUCCUGGGCUUCAGAGCAGGCGGUUCUCCUCUCCGAAUCGACCUGGAAGACAGAGAAAGUGGCUUCGUAGAGCGCCAGGAGAUAGCUCACCGCAGAAUCUGGUGUUCUACGAGAACCAGCGUUAGAAGAUCCUUCAGGAUCGAGAAAACUGUCGGAGAAUUAAGACUAAGCUUCGAGCUACGAGCCUGUCAAUGCGGUUUCGAGGAGCAAGCUCUGUUCCUGAGGAUCGACCUGGAUCUGAUGAAGAGAAACAGUUCUAGUGGAAAGAGGACCACGAAAACCGAGUCGUCCAUCAUUCUGCGUGGGAAGAAUUCAUCCAGGACAACGGAAUCCGUCAUUCCAAGGCCAUUCAGAUUUUCAAAAACGUUGAGAAAACAGCUGUGCCAGUGUCUGGAUCCACCAAGCGCACGAGGAAAUGACUGGAGAAUGCUGGCACAAAGACUCCAAGUGGAUCGAUACGUCGACUAUUUCGCGACGAAGGCGAGCCCGACGGAGCACAUUCUGGAUCUCUGGGAGGCGAAACACCAGGAGGCCACGGCUCUUGCGGAUCUCCUGAAUCAUUUAAGACUGAUGGGACGCGUGGACGCGGCCAACGUUCUCGAGAGUCGCUUGGGACCGUGGAUCUGA